CAUAAUAUCCUGCUGGAAAAAAAAGAGGGGGAGCACGAGGCUGAAUACAACUUCUUAUUCGCAGCUUCUUAUUGACGCUAUCCGUUCCACCUUAAAAACACCACGCUUCCGCGUUUCUUAGCUGCUUAUUCACGCGUAACUUAGGGGCCGUUUCUAUUGGUGUCUCUUAUUCAGAAAGAAUUGUAAUAAGAUUUAAUCUUUAUAGUCAGUUUUCGCUCUUAUCUCAGCCUUAUUUACAUUUUUAAAUAAUGUAUUGUUCGUUUCUGAAAUAUAGACACAACUAGAGACGGUCCCUACGUUAAUAGUGAAAUAAGAAGCGUCGCGUUUUUAAGGUGGAACGUAUAGCGUCAAUAAGUUGCGAAUAAGAAGCUGAAUUCAUCACAUCAGCAUGGUUUGAAGUGCAUGAAAGUGUUAAUAUUUAAUAGAAAUGAUCCACUUUUACAUGCUGCGUUAACAUAACUCGUCCAUAUUGCUGCUAUAAUCUCUGACACUGAAAUGCACAGCUGUUUUGUUUUGCCCUGACUUUGCACUCGGCAUCAUGAGUUUUUGUUAACCCUUUGUUGUCAUCUGUUUUCCGUGAAUGGUUUAUGUGCACAAAAUGAUCAUUCUUGGCACCGAGGAGCUCAAACAAGCCGAGAGCGUUUUGAAGAAGAGUUUUCCAGAGUCCAUCAAGGUUUAUGGCUGUAUAUUCAACUUAAACAGAGGAAAGCCUCACAAUCUGGAGGUUAUUGCAGACCAAUGGCCAGAUUUCAAUGUCAUUAUUUGCAAACCCAAAGUUCAGGGAACAAAGGAUCGAGAAGGAGAUUUUAACAUAUUCAGCAUCUACUCCAAUAGCAAAGUGUGUCUGAAAACCCUUCUGGACACACCUGGUGUGAUCAAUAAACAUGCAUUCACAUUAUUAGCAGGGGUUGACAUCAGGCAUUUAGAAGCAGUUCAGGAGUUUGCGGAUCAACAUGGACUUCCCUGGAAAGUUCAAGUAGUGAUGAAUGUGUUACUGCUCCAGGAUGAGCGACAGCUGCUGUUUAAAGAGAGUUACGCUGGACUCAGACUGACUCCGCUCAGUGCCGCUCACGCUCAUCUAGUUAACAGCACGUGGAAAUACGGCGGAGACCUUAACAGCUACAACUCAGUGCUGAACUACAUUACCCACAAUCCUUCACUGUGUGUGAUAGAGGACGGCGGCACUGAGCCCGUCUCCUGGCUGCUUGUGUACCAACACGCUGCUCUUGGGUUGCUCUACACAUUACCACAACACAGAAGGAAAGGCUACGCGAAGUUACUGGUGUCUGUGAUGGCCAAAACCCUCCUGGAGCGAGGACACCCGGUCUACUGUUUCGUGGAAAAGGAAAAUGACUCUUCCUACAAACUUUUCACGUCACUUGGGUUCCAGGAUUCAGCAGAUUACAGGGCUGUGUGGUUUGAGAUCAAUAAAUGACAAAAAUUACAAAUAUAAA